CAUUUGAAAGAUCUUCUUUCUUGAACGCCUAGUGUGAUUUUUUCCCAGGUAAAGGUAUUUUUAUUCUUUACUUGAAAAAGAAAUGACAGGUGCAGGUCGUCGUACUCAUCACAUUCGUAUAUAAGCGUAGCGAUAAAACAUACUACAUGUACAUUAUCAAUACCGCGCUUUGACCGACGAUACUUCCUUGAAAAAUGGAACUCAGAAUAUUUUGUAUUGUAUUUUGUGUCGGUGUAUGUUUCAGCCAGACACAUACAAAUGAUCACCAGAAAAUAUCCGAUCUACAAACCGAGUUCGAUCGGCUGAAAUCCGAAUUUGAGGAUUAUAAGAAUAGAUCAAUGGCUGAAAUACGUCAGUUAAGGGGAGAGAGCAGCUUUCUGUCAACCGUGCAGACGACGAAUGUCCGCACGUUAAAUUCUCUAAUGACUGACGUUUUUGAAGUUAAGGCAAAGCUCAGUUUUAUCACCAUGGAUUCUGUGCAUCUAAACAGUUCUUUAGACGUCGUACUGGAAGCCAUUAAAAGCAUUAACAAACUAAACCACUCAAUUGAAGAUGUUGCAGGAAAGUUGCGAAACAGGAGCAAAUGUCAGAGAGGAAGUCAAUAUGUCAGAAAAUGUUCCUCUCCUAACUGGGAUGUUGCACAGUGUGGGAACGUGACGGUCCGCGUGGAUUUCUCUCCAGUGUUCAAUAGUGUUCCAUACGUCAUGUUCGGGGUCAGCAAACUGGACGCUGAGCAGAGCCACAACACAAGGUUCCAAGCCUUUGCUAGCGAUAUAUCGAAAACUGGCUUCAAUUACCACAUUGGCACUUGGGGAGACUCUGAACUGUGGGGGUCCACAUUUGAAUGGCUGUCAUGCCCGUAUUAGAAAACUUCUUAUACGUUAUGAGAACGUCACUGAACAUAAUAAUAAAUGAAUAAUAAUUAUGUCUUUAUGCAUUAGAGAUUUACUGAUUACUGGAUAUCUUCCUAGCAUGUUCUCAUUCUGUGAAAGCAAUGGUGAUAAUGAUACCCACAACAAUUCGUGAGAGAGAGAGAGAGAGAGAGAGAGAGAGAGAGAGAGAGAGGAGAGAGAGAGGAGAGAGAGAGAGAGAGAGAGAGAGAGAGAGAGAGAGAGAGAGAGAGAGAGAGAGAGAGAUACUUUCUUGUAGCACUCUAUAAAGUAAUAUUACCUUAUUAUGGAUGCUAUGAAAUAAACAGAUUUGCAAAUGAA